AAAGAGGACAAGUUUCGCGCGACUAGCUCGAAGUGCGGGAAUUCAGAAUGAAACAAAUUACUGCGUUGGGCUACGAGAAAACAACUGAAAUAUUUAUUUAAAGUAACCAUUUACUCCUGGGUGGAGAGAAGCAUCGAGUGACAAAGUGCCUUGCCCAAGGGCACACGCACCAUGACCCCAGGCUGGACUCGAAUCCAAAACCUGCAGCUUUACCCGCAGACCACGAAUCCAGUGCCCCUAACCACGAGACCACAGGACUCCACACAGGCACUUAAAAUGAAAUGUGAAUUAAUGUAGGACAAUGGAGGAUGAGUCAAGUAACCUUUCGACCUUUGACAUCUACAGUGACCUACUUCUUGAGCAGCAUCAGACUCCAAACGUACUUGAACAGUUGGAGAAAACAAAUGCUGAAUAUGAAGACAAGUUGAAGGAACUCACGCAACAGCUGCAAAGUCUACAAACACAAAAUGCAGCCGUACUUGAGGAGAACAAGAUUCUGAAGAUUAAUAUCUCCCAGUUAUUUCAGACGGCUCAAGCUGAACUUAUGAGGAAAGACAGGCAGCUGGAAGAACUAGGCAGCAGGGCUCCAAGGUAUCGGCAGGAGAUUGAUUACAAGAGUUCCAUCAAUGAUAGAUUACGUGAUCUGAGGAAACACCCCAAAGCUUAUCCAAGACGCACCAAUGGUGUUGAUCAUGACUUCAGCAGGGGCACAUCGGACAGACAAGACGGAGCGUUGGGUAAGAGCGAUGAUCUACAGAAGCCUUGUGAGCAAAAUCAAAGAGCUGCUUCAAGUAGGGAUGGAAGAUGUCAUCAACUGGGAGGUGGAACAUCUGCAGCCAUAGAUGCCAAAGAAAUUGCCGGUGGGGAGAAGACUGGAGAUAGUCGCAACAUCCAGAAUGCAGAAAGCAUCUCCGUAAAAAUGGACCUUACCAAAAACAGUGAGAAGUUGAGCACACGCUUGGACAGUCAAGGCAAGAAAGAUGGAUUAUGUAGUAAACACAGUGAGAACAUUUAUCCGGAGAAAAUCCCAGACAGGCAGUCUAUGAGUACUUAUAGAAUACCAAAGAAAUCAAAAAGUACUCAUGGGAGUUCUUUGUCAGGCAGGGAAGAGAGUGAAGAUGGCAGAUCUUCAGAACCUGUUAGAUCUUCAGAACUUGGCAGAUCUUCAGAGCCUGGCAGAUCUUCAGAACUUGGCAGAUCUUCAGAGCCUGGCAGAUCUUCAGAACUUGGCAGAUCUUCAGAACUUGGCAGAUCUUCAGAACUUGGCAGAUCUUCAGAACCUGGCAGGUCUUCAGAACCUGGCAGAUCUUCAGAACCUGGCAGAUCUUCAGAACUUGGCAGAUCUUCAGAACCUGGCAGAUCUUCAGAACUUGGCAGAUCUUCAGAACCUGGCAGAUCUUCAGAACCUGGCAGGUCUUCAGAACCUGGCAGAUCUUCAGAACCUGGCAGGUCUUCAGAACCUGGCAGAUCUUCAGAACCUGGCAGAUCUUCAGAACUUGGCAGAUCUUCAGAACCUGGCAGAUCUUCAGAACUUGGCAGAUCUUCAGAACCUGGCAGAUCUUCAGGACCUGGCGUGUCUCGUACUAGAACCAGAGAUAGCAAAAGGUCAGAUCAUAGGUCAACUGUCAGCCCUUUAAGAUACACAAGGAAUAAGGAUGCACUACAGAGCAAAUCUACUCGCAGCCCGCGGCGGGGUCAAUCCAGCCGAUCACGCUCAAAAUCUAGAGAGAGAGUUUCCGAACCUGGCAGAUCUUCAGAACCUGUCGUGUCUUGUACGAGAACUAGAGAUAGCAAAAGGUCAGAUCAUAAGUCAAAUAGCCCUUUAAGACACACAAGGGACAAGGAUGCGCUACAAAGCAAAUCCACUCACAGCCGACGGCGGGGUCAAUCCAGCCGAUCACGUUCAAAAUCCAGAGAGAGAUCAUCUCGUUACUCGGAUAGGAGAGCAAUCAGACCUGGUCUGGAGCUGCGUAGUCGAAGGAAAAGAAGGCAUAGCUCAGAAGGAAGGGCCUCAGGCUACCACUCUCAUAGUGAUGCACCUUCUAAGAAACUCAGGGGAGAAUUAACAGCAAAGUCGACUGACAAACGUCACAGGGAUUCCUCCCCUGAGAAAAGCAGGUCGCAAAAACAAAGAAAUGAUGCUAGUCCUGGCAAGAACGAACUAACAAGAGGGAGAGACAGGAAGAGACAUAGUCCAAAGACUUCGCGUCAUCAAAAGACUAAAGACAAAGCUGCCAAAUCGGCCAAAGUGGAUGAUCGCUCCCGCAAGAGACACCAGUCAGAUCGAAAAAUGAAGUCACUUAAACGAGCUAAAGAAACUUUACACAGGUUGCACAGCACCCCAAAGAAACACAAAAGGCACGAGAAAGAUGAAUACAAGAAACGUAAGCGCAGGAAACGCCACAGCUCCCGGAGAGAUGAGAGAAAAUCAGAAGAUGGUAAAAUAUCUUCCACCAACUGGACCAGCAGCAGAAAGGAAGUGCUUGAGGACUUGGAAGAAGGAGAGAUGCCUGAAAGUGAUUUUGAAGACACUUGUGAAGGAUUUACCGUAAAAAAGAGUACAGAAGAUGGUACAAAUCAGGCAAGGCAAGCAUUACGUACUGUAGCCUCUCGCUCAGAUUCAGUAGGAUCCACCGCAUCUCAAAUUGAAGUGAGUAAAGAGCCGCCCGAGCGACCUUCUAAGCAGAACAUUGAGGGCUCGACAUGUGCUGCUGUGCCUGAAGUUGCCCACGAAAGCAAAAAUAAAGAAACACUUGCGCCGUUAUCAGAUGAAGAGCCUGACUCAAGCGUUGCCAUCCAAGGAGACGAAUUUGUCAAAGCUGAAACUAACCAAACAAGAGAGUUUUCAGAACCUGGAAGAAAGCUGACUAGUGUCACAAGUUCUAAUCAGUUUGGAGAGGCAUGCACAAAUCGGGGAUCACAGACCAGUGUGAAUAAUGUUGACGGCCACAAUAACAGAAAGGCUGUCAAAGAUGAUGUUUUGAAAAGUGAUAAUACUGUACCGGAGGGAGCAGAAAUUCAGUCCAAGGAUUUGUUCACUCUAAGACAGCCAGACACUGCAAGUUGUGGCUACUCCUCUGAACAUGAGACAAUCCUGAUCUGUGCUCCAUCAAGCCAAGAUGAGGACUCUGGAUCAGAGCGGGACUCAGGAUCAGAGAGUGACACUGAUUCAACCUCAUCUUCGUAUUCUAUGUCAGUCACUACCUCCCCAGAUGAUGCCUUCAAACAUAAGACCGUCGAUCACCGGUUACAGGAAGAGGGGAGUGCUCUGGUACUCCAAGGACAAAAUCUCACCUCUGAAGAGGAUCUAGCCACUCAGGACAGUGGCAUUUUGAGAAUUGAUACCUCUGACAACCAGUUACAAGCUGAAGAUGUCAUCCUCAAAUCAGUACCAGACCAAGGAGAAUUCGUCAAUUUUGAAACUGAAAUGGAACAAACUGAACCAAAUUCCAAGUCUCAGGAUUCUUUAAGAACUGUACCAAGUGCUUUGUUGAAGCCAACGCUGUCACCAAUAGGAAACACAACCGAUAGCUUUUCUGAGAGAAUACUGGAGGUUUUUGGAAGCAACAGCUUUCUUGAAAGUGACGAUGUGGAAGGCAGCAGAGAGGGACAGACUUCAUUCAUAAACCCUGAAGGUUCUUCGUUUCAAUUAGAAGGCGCAAAGCCUUGUUCCUUGCAAGGGCAAGCCUCCUUGUCAAAAACUGGUCCAGGUAUUUUUGACAGCAGCAGCAUCUUGCAACAUGUUAGUGACGAGAUGACAGAUGACAAUGCUUGUUCUGGUACCAGACGUGCUACAGAGCAAAACAUUGCCCCAGAGAAUAACUCAACUGAAACAGAAAUGCCUUCAGACAGUGCGGGGGAUAAACAAACAGCCAAAGAAAAAGCCAAAGAAGACAGCUUAGGGAGCUGCCAUAUCUUGAAAGAGGAACAUCUGAGGCAAGAAUUACUUCCCACCUCCGAUGAAAAUAAACUCUUGGAGAAAGCAUCAGAACACCAAGAUAAUCCAACUUUUGAAACUGAGAUAGAAAAGCAAAAUUUGGAAGGCACUUCACGUUGUGCUGAUGCAUCUUCAACUGCCUCCUUGGAUGAAAUUGCUCCUCUCAACGCGGAAGCAACAGAACAAAAUAUUGCAAACCAUGACAUGGACAGUGAUAAGAACCCAAAGGACCAAAUUGAAACACAAUUAGCUGAAAGUUCUGCAAAUCACCUUUGUCUUCCUGAAGCCCAGAAUGUGGCUGAUAUAUCCAUCAAUCCGCCCAGUUUUGAUGCUCUGAGUUGCAGCGCCUCCCCAGUUCACGAUAGUCUGUUAGGUGAUUCUGACAACAGUUGCCAUAGCGACCAGGAUGAGCAGGAUGACAAUUAUGAGAAUGAGAACGUCCAAGGAGGCUCCGAGUAUAGUGAUCACGAUGACCAAAGUAACCGAGACACUUGUAGUGAAACCUCGGAUAGGCGACAACAUGGCACGGCAUCAGAAUCAACCAACUUGUCAGACGGGGAGAUUGUCAGCGAGUCCGACUCUGAACAUGAACCCGAGGGGAAAGCGUCCACACAGAAAUCACGAGGUGGGGACAGGAAGCCAAAACCAGAGCGACCUGAAUCAUCACGAAAAAGAUCCAGGUCUAGAGACAGGAAAAGACACCGGUCUAGAGACAAGCAGCCAUCCAGUCACAAGGACAGAAGUCGCCCGACAAAACACAGCCGGGACAAGCGCGGAGCAGAGCGUGACAGGGCCGAGUUCUUUAAGAAGAAGAUGCAGAUCUUGGAGGAGAGACUGAAAGUUCAGGAUGAGGCGGAACGAAAACUGCCGAGUUAUCCUGGAAGUAGGGCCAAGAGGGAUAGGUCACAUGACUCGCAUCCAGUCUCAAGGAGCAAAGUGGAGAUCAAAGAAAAACACGAAGAGAAAAAGCUACGAAGCGUAGUGCACAAGGAAAUACAUAGACUUGACACUGACCAGAGACAGAGGGUUGGUAGAUCUGGUGAAGAGGAUGAGAGAUCCAGUAGCAGGCACAUCAGCAAACCACAUAGUGGUUACAGACAUGACACAGACAAACAUAAAGGUACUAGGAGGAAGCCUGAAAGAGGCAAAGUGGAAGAGAAGGAAAGAAGCAAAAGAAGAGAUCAUAAAAGAUAAUCUAAUUGUCGUAUCACAAAGUGAUCGCUAUCAAAUUAAGUCAGUAUUUAUUGGUCCCUUGAAUCGUAUCUGAAAGUGAACCCAAGAAAAAGGAAUUUAAGUGUGCUGCAUGAACAUUUGUAUGUUACAUAUCAUUCAGUAAGACUGAAACGGGGAAUUUGGAGAUGUUUUUCUAUUGCCAUAUUGAUAAAUUUGGUAGAGGAGAUGGGUCUCUUGUUUUUUUUUUUGUUUUUUAAUUGACCCAAACUCCUGUCCGGGGUGUCUAUAGAUUUUUUUCUCUUUAUUAUUGAUUUAUUAUGUUAAAUUAUAAGAACAGAUUACACAAGGGUAUUUAUGGGGAAAAAUACAAUAUGGAGAAUUGAGAAAAAAUUAUGUAAGCAAAGCCAAAUUUAAUAUUUGUGAAGUUAUAUUUUCAACCCUAAGUUGUUGAGAAGUAAAGAUUUCAAUACGAACCAAACAAAGGAGUAUAACCAGUACUCGUCCCAACCAACUCUUACAAUUUAUUCAAACAAAUGUUUCGUAAUAUUUUCAAGUUCUUUAUUUUGAAAACUGUGUACAUUUGUAUAUUUACCAGA